UUGCUGUCCAGUUUCCAGUGUAAGCAGACUCCAUAGCGGAUCAGCAAUCGAAACAGCAACGAGACAUAAUCAUCAUCAUCAGCAUCGGACGGCAAUUGUUGCAAUAGAGAAGCAGAAACAGAAACAGAAACAAAAACAAUAACAUCAUCAGCAAGUGUGGCAACAAUUGAAACCUGUGACCACUUGUCACACAUGUGUUGCAAAAAAGGGAACUAAGUUGCCACUGACAGUUGCCGGCAUUGCCGCUGGCGUUUGUGUUAACGUUAACAUUGGCGUCUGACUCAAGUGCCACUCCAGCGACAGGCGACAGGACUGUGUCAGGACAUCGGCCGUAUAUAUCAGACGCUCUGUACAUGUGCGUGCGUGUUUCGAUUUUGGCUUUGGCUUUGGCCGCAGCUCGUAAACCUCGUCCUAAACAAAAACCGAUACAAAACUCUACGUGAAUUGUGUGUGUCCGUGUCCGUAUUUCUUUGUAUCUGUAACUGUUCGCUGUACGCUGUGUCGAUGUCCGUGUAUCCCUGGAGUGAGCGAGUGUGUUUGUGUGUGUGUGUUCGUGUAGCGUCUUGUACGUGUUUACGUUCGCUCGCUGGCUGAAACGUGCGGCAACUUGCGGCCAGUUGUGAGUACCAAAAAAAAAGAAAGAACAAAAACAGAAAGAAAUUCCGUUCUUACAAAUCGAUUUCGCUCAUUCGGUUUUUACUUGCGAAUGGCCAUAAAAAUAGCACAGACUUCGGCAUAAUGACAAAUUAAAUUGUUUGCACACAGCUAUCCAAAUCGUUAAAAACAAAAACCAAAUCGCAAAAACAACAUCAGAAAGCAAGCAAGCAAAUACGCGCAAUCGAAAACGAGAAAAAAAAGAUACUAAAAAUGUUGGAGAAGCGCGUGUAGGAACUUUUGCGCUGAUAUCAACAAUAAUAACAAUAACAACUACAACAAGAACAGCAAUAAACUGCGAUAAAAGCAACAGACAAACAGCAAACACACAAAAACAAAAAAAAGUUUCAUUCUCGUGUUGCAAACGCCACAAGCAACAGCCGCGCCUCCCUGCCACAAGGAUUCAAAUACACACACACACACGCAUACCACCUACAUCACAUAACAAAACGCAAAUCAAGAACGACAAUGACAAGGACUCCGAUGGCGAUGCCGAGACUUUCAGACUCAUCCACCGUUGUCGUCUACUGCUACUACUACAGUUCGAUAAACAGCUUUGGCUCCAGCCUCUUAACCUCGUGCCACGGCGUUCAUCAAUCGAGUCGUCGAUUAUUGAGCGUUUGAGCGUUACAGUAAAACUCGGCCAACAUUUGGAGCAGCUCAAAUAAACGCCAGCAAAGCGGAGAGUCAAUAAGGAAGAACGAUAGGGGCGACUGGGGACAAUCGACAAGCGAUGGCAUCGUGUCCUGGCAAAGCACUAGGCAAACACUCAAUGUCGCUGCUGCUAUUGACGUUGCCGUCGUCGAGCAUCUCGACUACCAGUUGAUGAGACUGCCAGACCGAGACUGCGACUGCGACAGCGACGUUGAACCCUGACACGCUUGUUUGCUUUUCAAAUUGCAAUUAUGCUCGCGAGCAAAAAAAAGGUUUUGGUUACGAGCGAGCGAAGCAACUACGUCGAACGUUUUAAUCAACGCAGCAGCAAUAAAUUGAUACAAUGACAACGCUUAGCAGUUAUCUCAGCCCAAGCACUGCCAUCAACUUGGCAACAACAGCAGCGCCAAUAUCAACAGCAGCAGCAACGACAGCAGCAACAACAACGGCUGCUGCAGCGACAACAGCAACUGCUAGAACAAGAAGGCCAAGCAAAUCGAUGACAACAUUUGUUGUUGGUGGUGCUGCCUUAAACGCAACAGCGACGACAACUACGACAACAAUAACUGGUAGUAGCAGCAGCAGCGGGAGCAACUUCUUACUGACUGCAGCAACAAAAACAUUGACAACAACUGCAGGCAAAACACGAGCAACUGCCGCAACAACAAUAUCAACAACGACAGCAGCAAAUUUGCCAACAACAACAUCGCAAUUUGUGGAUGCCUCGUUGACUUCACUGUCAUUAACGGCAUCGUCGUCCGCCACCUCCUCUGCCUCCUCAGCCGCCAUCGCAACCGUCCCAACAAGCUCCACCACCGCCUUGGAGCUGUUCUCGACAGUCGCCAGCAACAUGACGGCAAAUGCAAAUGCCAAUAUCAGCAGCCAAAUCGAACCCAGACUCGAAGAUAGUUGGGUCGAUGUUUCGCUGCUGCUGUUUAAGGGCUUCAUAUUCUCGUCAAUUAUCCUGGCCGCUGUGCUGGGCAACGCGCUGGUCAUCAUUUCGGUGCAGCGAAAUCGAAAGUUGCGCGUUAUAACAAAUUACUUUGUUGUGUCACUCGCGAUGGCCGACAUGUUGGUAGCCCUCUGUGCGAUGACAUUUAACGCAUCCGUUGAGCUGUCCGGCGGCAAGUGGAUGUUUGGCCCCUUCAUGUGCAACGUGUACAACAGUUUGGACGUUUACUUCUCCACAGCGAGCAUACUGCAUCUUUGUUGCAUAUCGGUGGAUAGAUAUUAUGCCAUAGUCCGACCACUGGAAUAUCCACUGAAUAUGACUCACCGAACUGUCUGCUUUAUGCUGGCAAAUGUCUGGAUAUUGCCUGCCCUCAUCUCGUUUACGCCCAUCUUCCUGGGCUGGUAUACGACCGAGGAGCAUCUGCGUGAGGUCUCAUUGCGUCCGGAUCAAUGCACAUUUGUGGUCAACAAGGCCUAUGCACUCAUCUCGAGCUCAGUCAGCUUCUGGAUACCUGGCAUUGUGAUGCUGGUCAUGUACUGGCGCAUCUUCAAAGAGGCUGUGCGUCAACGCAAGGCAUUAAGUCGCACCAGCUCGAACAUCCUGUUGAACAGCGUGCACAUGGGACACACGCAACAGCCCACCAAUCUGAGCUAUUUGCAUCCAAGUGACUGUGAUCUGAACACUAAGUCAGCUAGAGAAGAGACCAUCAGUGCAGUCAGCAAUUUGGAGGACAUGCUGCAGACGGCCACCGAUGAGGACGAUGAUAAGGACGAGUGCGAUGAACUGCGUGUGCCAUCGCCGCCACCGAGGCGUCUAAGCCGCAGCAGCAUCGACUUGCGUGACCUCGAGCAGGAGCGUUACGAGAAGGUCACGCACACGGACAGCGCACCAUCGAUGAUGGCUCUGCAGCAACAGUUGGCGCCGAAUCAACUCCAGGCACCGGUUCCAGUUUUUAAUCCACAAAUCUGGAUUGAAACGCUCGUUGGCAAGACGCCGCCACAGUUGCAACCAGCAGUGGCUGCUGUGGCGGCAGUGCAACAACAACUGAGCCUGACAAGCGGCAGCGGUAACAGCGAACAGGAACCGGAGUCAACGGCCUAUCGUGUCUUCGGGCUGAACAGCGAUGAGAGCGAGACCAACGACCACUAUGAGACACACUUGCCGCUGGCCGAGGACAACAAGGAGCUGAAGCGACUCAUCGAGGACAAUUAUCUGUACUUCAAGAAGCAAACGGGGGCGGCAAGUGGCAAGUAUGCGGCGCUCAGUGAAUCCGAUUUCAUACGUUUGAAGUCGGGUGCCGCUGCCACUGGCCACAAGGCAUUUGCGGCAAGUGACUCGGAAUUCUUGCGCACCAUCAGUGAAUCAAAGACGGCGGCGUCUUCGACUCAAGUGGCGGCCAAGGAGAAGGGCUUCAAUUUCAUGGCGCUGCUGGCGAAAACCAAACGCUCCAGCACCGAGUGUUUUGCCCUCGAAAAGAAGCGACAACAGGCCAACUCCGAGGGUUCCAGUUUCUUUAGGCGUGCCCGCAAUCGCAAGCUAUCGCAUAGUUAUAAUGGCGCCGGAGCUGGCGGCAGUGGCGGCAAGGAACGUAAACUUGAGCAGCGAACGCGACAGCACAGCGACACCGAUUCGACGCCCAACAAGCCGGACAUACUGCUGGACAUUAAUGUGCUCAGCGAGCAGAAUGCCGCGGCAGUGACUGCAACCGAUGGCCAACUGAUCAAGCAAUUCAGCGACGGUUUGCAGUUGAUUGACUUUGGCAGCAAUGGCAACGAUGUUGGCUGCGUCACCAGCGAUGAAUUGGCUCAGCUAGCCGAUUGCUUUGUGGACUCACCCAAACAACCGGCGACUCCGCCGCCAUCGUUGUCGCCACCAGCUGCCGAGCUGGUCGAACAGAGCGGCAUGCUGAUCGCAAACAGCUCGGAGCUGGCUGAAAUCUUUCGCUCGCUGAGCUUCCCUUUGGGCGGCGAGCAGUCAAUAAAGUCGCGACGGCAGCCGCAACGCAUGAGCACGCUGAGUGAUCAGGUGUGCGCCAACUAUUUGAUGUCCCCACCGAAUACGCCAGCGGCAGCUGCUGUGAAUGCUGCCAACUGUGGUGCACAACAGUCGGCAUCCAUCAACGUGUACUUCCUGUCGCCGCCACCGCACGCAGCCGGCUAUACGCCAAGUGACACCUCCACUGUAUCGUUGGACGUGGUCACCACAUUACCGGUGCCGCAGACAACAACAACAGCAGCAACAGCGGCAGCAGCAGCAGCAGGAGCAACGUCCACGUCACAGCAACAGCAACAGCAUCCACUCAACAUAUCACCCAAGCCCGAAAUAAUACUCGACUCGACGCUCUCGCCGGUGGACAGUGGCAACGACAUUGGCGAGAACAAGGAUGUCACCUCGCCGCUGUUGAAGCGUAAAGAUAGCACCACUGAUGCGGAUGUGAGCGCUUCCGGCGGUGGGCGGCAACGUUGCAGCAUACUCACCGGUUACGAGGGCAUUCAGACGGUGCGCAAACGACAGGAUUCGGUGGUUACCUACGAUGUCAACGUCAUCAAUUUCUCGCAGGAGCACAGCGACAGUCGCAGCUACAUUCCCAUGGGACGUGUCUCCACCAGCUCGGCGAAACCCGAAUUUUCCAAUAAAUCCUCGCUAAUACGACGCGGUGGCAUCUGCAUUUUUGUGGAUGAAGACGAGGCCGAGAUCAUUGAGCAAAAACCACGCGGCAUUACAUUUGCUCCGGCCGCCAGCCCGCUGCCCAAAUGUCCGCUCUGUGGCGCCGAGAUCACCGUCACCACAGGCACCACAAGCUCCACAACUACAACCACCAAAAUUGCCAACACCACCACAACCACCACCACCACCGACACCAACACCUCAGUCAGUGCAAGUAGUAAACGUAGUUGUCACGACCCAGAUGCAGCUCUGGCUGAUGGGCAAACUCCGAGCACACGUUCACGCUUCUGGCACAAACGAAAGGCGGCCGUCGCAGCAUUUUGGCAGCAGAAUAAGAACCGGAAGCGGCGCUUCAAAACCGGAUGUAGUCACUGUGGUGCAACCGGCGGAUCAGUGCGACCCGCGAAAGGUUGGAAGGCCGAACACAAAGCUGCUCGCACUUUGGGCAUUAUAAUGGGUGUCUUUCUGCUCUGCUGGCUGCCCUUUUUCCUUUGGUAUGUCAUCACAUCGCUUUGUGGCGCCGCCUGUCCCUGCCCCGAUGUCCUUGUGUUGGUGCUAUUCUGGAUUGGCUACUUCAACUCAACACUCAAUCCGCUCAUCUAUGCCUACUUCAAUCGAGACUUUCGCGACGCCUUUCGCAACACGCUGGAGUGUGUGCUGCCCUGCCUGGAGAAGCGCAAUCCCUACAACGCAUACUAUGUCUAGACUCAAGAAUCCUCUUUUCAAAAGGUACCCCCUUUAAUAGAGUGUCAGCAUAAGUGAUAUUAAUAUCUCUUAAUCACCCAAAAAAUAACAAAAUAAGAACAAUCCCAAUUCAUGCAUAAACAACUUAGUUAAAGCCUUUAAGCUAAGCAAUACUCAAUGUGUGUUUGUUACGUAUACGUAUGUACUCUACUUAUAUUAUAUAUUAAAUAUACUCUACUCUAGUGUAUUUAGCUAGCAUAAGUAACAUAUGCUUGGGACUCGUAAGUUGUAUGUCUGCCUGUAACCCCCAGUUAAGGCUGCACUUUUGAUUGUGUGUGAGUGUCUACAAAUAAAUAUACGUAAUAUCGAAGUUUAUAUGGUAUGUCCCGUAUUUAUAAGUUCUAAUUUAUAGCAAAAAGAAAAAGAAAAACGAUUCCGUGUAAUCGAAGCAAUUAAGUAAAAGCCACUAGCAAAUACAAAAAGAGUGAAUAAUACAAUUUAGCAGAAAAUUACAAAAAUAAGUUAUAAACAACAAUUCUUCGGCGCAUCCUCGAAGUUUAAGUACUCUUUCCAGUUAGUUCUAGUAGAGCAAAAGUGUUCAAGCAUACGAAGAAUCAAGGUAUACGCCCAAAGACUAUACUAGAAGAUCAUCGAGUAUGAAUAUCGAUUAAUUAAAUUAGAUCUUUUAACAUAUAUAAAUAAAUUUGAAGUGUUAAAUGUUCUCUUGGAAAGAGUAUAAGCAUAGUUAUAAUUUUUGGUGUAAAACGCAUAUACAUAUUAGAUUAUCAAAAUAUUAUUAUAUUAUACAUGUAUUCGUCUUGAAACUAACUCAAUUGUCUGGCGUCAUAAAGAAUUUUCAAGCUUAUUGACAAUCUAUCAAAACAAAAAAAAAUUUAUAAAAAUCAUUGUUAUUUUUUAUUUGGUUUAUAAUAUAUAUGGUUUCCUUUUUGAGUUAAAGCUACUUUUGUGAUACCUAGUGAAGGGCACUUAAAUUUAUCCAAGCUUUUGAGUUACAAAUUUGUUUAAAGAUUUCUAUGGGCAUUGCAAAUAUUAUGUUUAAGGCGAAGCGAACCGAAAUGCAAUCUUGACUAAUAUACAACAUAAUACUAAAUUACUAUAAAUAUAAAGACAAAUAUGUAUAAUUAUUUCUAUGUAUUUACUUGCUGAAACCUAAAUAAUUGCAUAU